GCUGCAUUAUUGAUGUGAAGAGGAAGGAAGGAUUGAAAGCAGUGCCGGGACGGGACUGUGUGUGUGUACGUGUUUGAGUGUGUUUGAGUGUGUAGAAGAGAUGAGGGAGAGGAGUUCGGUGCAGCAGCACAAGCAUCCUCCCUACGAUGGUGGGCUUUGCAACUAUUCCCAGAAAAUCAUCUCCUGCUUCGGACUGGACGUGGCACAUGCGCAGGACACACACCAUUCCAAUGAGAAGCUUCUGAUUCAGUGCUACAAGUGUGGGGAGCCAUGUAAGGGUGAGGUGCUGCGGGUCCAGUCCAAGCACUUCCACCUGAAGUGCUUCACCUGUAAAGUGUGUGGCUGUGACCUGGCUCAGGGAGGCUUCUUCAUGAAAAAUGGAGACUACCUGUGUACCCUGGACUACCAGCGAAUGCACGGUACACGCUGCAACGGCUGUAGGGACUUUGUGGAGGGAGAGGUGGUCACUGCCCUAGGCAAGACUUACCACCCUGCCUGCUUUGUCUGCACCAUCUGCAAACGACCAUUUCCUGCUGGGGAUAGGGUCACCUUCAAUGGCAAAGAUUGUCUGUGUCAGUACUGUGUCCAGCCCACGUCCCCAGGACCUGGCAAAGACCUCAUGGACUCCAACUGCUGUACAGGCUGUGGUAGAGACAUUAAGAAUGGUCAGGCUCUCUUAGCACUGGAGAGACAGUGGCACCUGGGCUGCUUUAAGUGUAAGGCCUGUCAAAAAGUCCUCACUGGGGAGUACAUCAGCAAGGAUGGCGCACCCUAUUGUGAGAAGGACUACCAGAUCCAUUUUGGGGUCCAGUGCGAGGCAUGCCAGCAGUUUAUCACAGGCAAAGUGCUGGAGGCAGGGGACAAACACUACCAUCCCAGCUGUGCACGAUGCAGCAGGUGCAACCAGAUGUUCACAGAAGGAGAAGAGAUGUACCUGCAAGGAUCAACCGUGUGGCACCCUGGGUGUAAGAACACAACCAGAACAGAGGAGCAACAGAGGGAACAGCCUUCAAGGUCGUCAUCCGAGAGUAUCUGUUCCAGACCUGGUUCAAGCAUACAUGGCUCACCAGGUCAUACCAUAUAUGCAAAAGUGGACAAUGAGAUCCUUGAAUACAAGGACCUAGCCGCCAUUCCCAAAGUCAAAGCCAUUUAUGAUAUAGACCGCCCUGAUCUGAUUACCUAUGAGCCUUUGUACACCUUGUCCCUUGAUGAGAGGGAGGAGAGGAGGGAGAGCGUGGGAGAGCUCCAUACUGCGAGAAGGGAGCGUUCCCCCAUGCCAGAUGACAAGAGCUGCUAUGACAUAAGGGAACGCAUCCUUCAGAGGUCUACCAGUCAGGGCUCCAUCGGCUCACCUGUCUACAAUCGUCAUAGUUACACCCCGUUGUCACGCUCACCACAGCAUUUUCACAGACCAGGCACUGAUCCACAAAGCGGGCGGAGCUCCCCUAUACCCCAAAGGCCAGACAGCCGGCCUGUCACUCCGCCUCUCUCUCUGACCCCUAAACAUUUCCACCUCCCAGAUCAGGGGAUCAACAUUUACAGGAAACCACCCAUCUACAAACAACACGAUUCACCCGCACCAAAAAGAAAGUCUGCUGAUGAAAUCAUCAGAUCCGCUACGUUUCCUGCUGCCCAUGUCCCCCCUCUGGAUGACACAUCACCGAGCAAGAGCGACCACUGGCCCCCCUGCGCUCUCUCCCGGGCCCUGGUUGCCUUAGGAUCAGAAGGAGGAAGGAGACGGUCUAGGGAAGAGGAGGAAGAGGAGGCCCUGAAGAGAAAGCAGCUCCAGGAGGAGCAUAUCAACAAGAUCCAGUCUGGUUUGGGGAAGCUGAUAAUGAAGGAGGAGAAUGAGAAGGAGCAGAUCAGGGAACGCAGCCAAUCGGCUCAGCGCUAUGACCCCCAGCAGACCAACUGUGAUGGAGAUGAUUCCAAAACCUCAUCGCUGCCUGGUUAUGGACGGAAUGGAUUACAUCGGCCUCAGUCCACAGAUUUCACUCCGUACAACAGCCAUGGCAACAUGUGUGGGGGAGGAAGAGAGUUUCAGCACAUAAGGGAUGGCAGUGCUGCAGUAACAAGAAUGGACAGGGGAGUAUCUAUGCCUAAUAUGUUGGAAACAAAAGUUGUACCAUAUGAAAUGCUCAUGAUAACCAGUAGAGGGCGAGCUAAACUGCCCAGGGAGGUGGACAGAACAAGACUGGAGCGCCACUUAGCCCCAGAAACGUUCUUUGACAUCUUUGGGAUGGAGAUCCAGGAGUUUGACAGGCUUCCACUGUGGAAACGCAACAGCUUGAAAAAGAAGGCCAAUCUCUUCUAGCAGUCAGAGCAGAAUGCACUCAUCCCAUCCUUUCAGAUAGCACUCUACUCUAUCACUGUAACAUAGAUGUAAGAUUUGUUUCGAUUUUUGUCAACCUUUUUUUCUGACAUGUUCAAGAAGGCAAUGGACUCUCUUUUUUCACGAUGCCUCCUCUACAGACUGAAUACAUGAUUUAAUUACUAUUAGAUACAUUUGGAAGGCUACAAGGAAAGAAAAUAAAACAAUUUCUUCCAUGUUCAAAAAUGAGAGAAUUAAGUCAUGUUCUUUUUGACUGCUGCGCUUGUUUUAAUUUCUGGCUUUGCUUUGAAUGGAACUGCUUUCCUUGACCUGCUUGUUUCCUCAUAUUUGUUGCUGUUGAUUCCUGUGGAACAUUGUUAGUAGAAUUUCAUGGCACCAUAUGAAACAUGAUGUUCACAUGCAAAAAUGGAAUGUCUGUCAGCUUCACAUGUCAAUGGUCAGCUUGCCUUCAUUUGGGCUAUCAAGGCAAAUCAAAUGUCUGUCUUCAUCAUGGGAAAUAUUGGGUCUUGACAUUUCUUUAUGGCUCUAGUACAUACCAGCUAGCCUAAGCACCUAACUAUGUUACUCUCACUGGCAUCAGAGUCUGGAAAAGCUGCUAUUCAAAACAAUAUAAUGUGGUUUACGUAUAGAUCCGGGUCAUAUUCUUUAGAGCAUGAAACGGAAAACAUUUUAAACCGCUUUUCAACAGAAAAUGGAAAUGAGCCUUCCUUAUUGGACGAGUCCAAGUAGUCCCUCCCUGUUUUCUUUGGUUUGAUGCCAAAUGAGUACGACUCAGUUUCGCCUCUCAGGCUCCCAUUGGAGUAGCAAUUCCUAUUUUACUAACAAACACAUUAAAUGUAAAAAAAUAUAUAUUAAAAAAAUUACUAUUUGAAAUGACUGUUUUAUAAAUGAAACCCACACUGCCAUUUGUUGUAUUGAAAUAUAAGCAAAAAAUAAAGCUUUAAAUCACUGUGUAUGUUAAUCGUCGGCUACUCCAAAGGUAUUGCCUGUAUUAGUUUACCUGUUCUCCUCUCAGCUAUUAAACUAUAAUAAACACUGUGGUUCAUAUAUGUUGUUCAAGGAACUGCAGUGUGUAAUGUAAUAUGAGGACUCCUGUCAAGAUUUAUGGAACAAAUCAGACAGUGUGUUCCGUUGACUUCCUGGACUUCAGCCAAUAAAGAGGCAGACACCCAUGGAA